AUGAUUGUUGCCUCUCUGUAUCUACUGGGAUCUUUUCUCCACAGCUUGACACAAUGUACUGUCCAAGCUUCAGAGUUCCAACUGGAAGGAGAUUAUUUGAUAGGUGGACUUUUUGAUAUUCAUCACGCCGGUGGCCCUGUUUAUCAUGACAGACCGGAAGACAUUGACUGCUCCAGUCAACCCUUCAUUCUGUCAAGUUAUCGGAGGUUUCAGUUGAUGAGAUUCACUGUGGAGGAAAUCAAUAACUCUACCAAACUUCUGCCAAAUGUAUCUCUAGGCUAUGAGAUAUUUGACCGCUGCUCAGAUACACAGAAUUUCCCAGGUAUUUUAAAACUCAUCUCAGUCAACGGCUUGAUCCAACCUUGGGGUAACACACAUAGGAAUCUGUCUACAGUGCCCAAAGUGAUAGCAGUGGUCGGCCCAUUUUCAAGCACUGAAUCUCUGACAGUAGCCCCACUCUUCAUGGUGGAUCUUAUUCCUAUGGUCAGUUAUGGAGCUGCUACUUCUGCCCUUUCAGAAAAAGAGAAAUACCCUUCUUUUCUGCGAACAGUGCAUUCCAAUAAAGAUAUAAUAGCAGUGAUUGUUAACAUCAUACUGCAUUUCAAAUGGCGCUGGGUUGCUUUCCUUAGCAGUGACAAUGAUUUUGGGGCAGAUAGCCUGGAAUUGUUUAAAAAGAGAAUCAUUGAUACUGAGAUCUGUCUGGCAUACACUGAAGAGCUCAACCACAAUAUAAAUUACUCCCGAAUAUUCAAACGGAUAGAAGAAUGGGGGGUACAUAUCAUUGUUGUGUUUGCUCCUGAAAUGACUUCUGAAGCUCUCAUUGAGUCAGCAAUAGAACUAAAUGUCACAAACAAGGUGUGGAUAGCAGGGGAUACUUGGUCUUUAAAUAAGAAGCUGCAAAAAAAGAAAGGAAUCAAAAAUAUCGGAACAGUACUCGGGGUUUCUCAGCCAGUAGUGACAAUACCUGGUUUCAGUGAUUAUAUAUUUUCCUCUAGAAGCCAGACUCAAUGUGAAAAUGCAGAACAACAGACAUUUUGUAAUCAGGUUUGCAACUGCAGUACCUUGAGUCCAGAAGAAGUCAAUGCCAUAGACCCAUCUUUCUCUUUUCCUGUUUAUUCUGCUGUGUAUGCCAUCGCUCAUGCCUUACACAAUGUCUUACAAUGUGGAGCUGGAAGAUGUAAUGGCAAUAUUACAGUCUACCCAUACAUGGUUCUAGCAGAGCUGAAGAAGUCCAACUUUACACUUUUAAACCGGAGUAUUCAAUUUGAUAAGAAUGGUGACCCCAUGUAUGGAUCCUAUUCCAUAGUUUACUGGAACCAAAGUGAUGAUGCAGAGGAGAUUGGCUUUUCCAAAUCUCAUCCAGCAGGCCAUUUUAUCAUCAACAGCACCAAAAUUCAGUGGUACGAUAACAAAGUGCCCACUGCACUAUGUUCCCCAGAAUGCCAUGUAGGAUAUGCAAAAAGGCAAAAUGGAAUCCACAAAUGCUGCUUCACUUGUGAAAUAUGUCCAAAUGGAAAUUACAUCAACAAAACAGAGGAUCCCUACAAUUGCUUCAAAUGUAAGGAGACAGAGUGGUCCACACCAGGAAGUACUACAUGUCAUCUGCGGGUAGUGGAGUACGUCCCAUUCACAGACAAUGGGGCUAUACUGAUCAUGAUUGGGGGUUGCACCCUGGUGGGCCUCGCACUUGCCACGUCUGUUCUCUUUGCCAUCAACUACAACACACCUGUGGUCAGAUCUGCCGGGGGACCAAUGUGCUUCCUUAUUUUAGGCUGCAUCAGUCUGUGUAGUGUUAGUGUAUUCUUUUUCUUUGGUAAGCCAACCGUUCCCUUUUGUAUCCUAAGGUUCCUACCAUUUGUUUUGUUCUAUGCUGUCUGUCUCGUAUGUUUUGUAGUGCGCUCUUUUCAAAUUGUUUGCAUUUUCAAAAUAGCUGCCAAGUUCCCCAAGCUCCACAGCUGGUGGAUGAAAUAUCAUGGACAAUGGCUGGUCAUCACAGUGGUGUUUAUUGCUCAGGCAUUCUUUAUUCUCAUUGGCUAUUCUAUUGCCCCCCCCAAGCCCAACAAUGACACAUUUUGGUAUCCAGACAAAAUCAUACUUGGCUGUGACAUCAAUCUCUUUACAUUCUCUGCCUCUGUGAGUUUACUUGCACUUUUGGGCUCCCUUUGUUUCAUCUUCUCCUACAUGGGAAAAGACCUCCCAAAAAAUUACAAUGAAGCCAAAGCGAUAACCUUCUGUCUACUCUUGGUGAUGCUCACCUGGAUCAUCUUUGCCACUGUAGCUAUACUUUACCAUGGAAAGUACAUCCAAAGUAUUAGUGCACUGGCAGUACUCUCCAGUCUCUACUCCUUUCUGGUGUGGUAUUUCCUCCCAAAAUGUUACAUCAUCAUUUUUCAACCCCAAAGAAAUACACAGCAGUACUUCCAAGGUCUCAUUCAGAAUUACACCAAAACAAUUAGCCAGUAG